AUGACCAUCAUGGACAUCUCCCUGCUCACCGGCUUCUACCCCAACCAGGAUGACCUUAAACAGCUCACAAGCGAUGUGGAGAUGUACGCCUUCCAGUACGAGACCAAGACAAACUCCAGCGACAGUACGGUUGUCCUGUACCUAGAGAAGCUCUCCCACGAGAAAGACAUAGUGCUGGGCUUCCGGGUCCACAGGAUGCUGCCAGCGGAGUUCCUGCAGGCCGCCGUGGUCACCGUCUACGAUUACUACGAACCUUCCCUUCGGUGCAGCGCCUUCUACAACCUGCCCACAGAGCGAUCUUUACUGCGAAAGAUCUGCCACAAAGACGUCUGCAGAUGUGCCGAGGAGCAGUGCCCGUCCCCGAGGAAGGACAGCGACCGGCUGAAGCAGGAGGAGCUCCAGGCGGCGGCGUGUGAGGCGGGCGUGGAUUUUGUGUACAAGGUCAGACUGGAGGCCGUGGAGGACUCCGCCUCCAGUCCUUACAUCUACUACAACAUACAGCUCCAGGAUAUAAUCAAGAGUGGUAUCUGGGAGGUGACAGAGGAGCGGCUGUGGGGCCCUGACCUGGAGGUCCUGCCGGGAAUGGGGUGGAGCACGGACCCUGCCACAUCCCUUGCCAUGAAGAAAUUCGUCUCCCACGCCACCUGCCAUGACUCCCUGGGGUUGCAAGAACAGGAAUCGUAUCUCAUCAUGGGCCAGACAUCAGACCUGUGGAGAGUCAAAGCUGACUACACCUAUGUCCUGGGCAAGGACAUGUUCCUCAUGCAUUGGCCAGCAGAUGGGGAUGUGGGCAAGAAGGAACUGCUGGACCAGCUGGAGGGAUUUUCGGAAUAUUUGACCACCCACGGCUGCAAGUCCUAA